AUGGCCGUAGCAAAGAUCCUGCCGCUCGUUUCCUUGGUGCUGAGUGCCUUCUUUUCCGGAAUUCUCGCUGAAGGCGGCGGCCACCUUGGGAAGAGAACAGCCCUGAGCGACCGAGGGGUUGGAACCUGCCACAUUGAAGGCUGGGUCCCGGCUUGUCCUGGAGGGGUCUGCUGUUCCGACGGGACGACUUACGCCCUGGGCGCCGAGACCUGCCCGGAGGGUGCCAGUCCCUUGCCUGGUGCCGGGAGUGGGGCAGGCUCCGGGGCUGGUUCUGGCUAUGGUUCUGGCUUUGGCUCUGGAUCUGGCGGUAACCCGGAUUCCGAUUUCGCCGGAGGUCCCGGUGGUCCUGGAGCCCAGUCGCAGGAUGCUUCGGACCCAACCACCACGGCACCGCCCCAUCCUCAUCCCGAUCCCCUAGGCCCCGACGUUGGCCCCGAUUUCCUCGGCUUCGGUUCCAAUUGGUACACCUUCUCCAUGACCUUCCAUUUCCUCAGCCACUGGUACUCGCUCAUCGAUCACACCUCGUCAGUUCUCGUCUCCAGCGAGAUCUUCUCCUGUUCCACCGUGUCCGUUAGCGCUACCGACGCGGCCGAAGCUAGCGCCAUCUUCAGCUCCAUCUCUGCCACCGCUGCGUUGGCUGCCCCAAUCGAGACUCAGGCUCUGCUUCCUGUUCCUGGCAAAUCCCAACCACCGUCGGCCUUCCCCAUUGAGACGCACGCCCCCGUGGCGCCGCCUCCUCCAGUGGACGCUGUGGGGAGCUUGGUCUCUGUGAACCCAGUUGUGUCUGAUCCCCCGGCUCCGGCUGCUACAGGCGGUUGGAGACUACCGGCGAAUGGGACCGUUGGGACUGCUAAGCCGCCGCCGAGUCCUGUGGUUACUGCCGGCUCUUCGCGGAUCCGGGGGUUUGGCGGGGUGGUUGUAGGCGUAGCGGCGUUGGUGCUGGGAAAGGUGGUCAUGUUGUGA